GGAAGUCAGCAGCCCAUGUGAUCAUGCCCUUUGACCUCAAUGACUCAGAGUUCCUCUCCAGCAAGCUGAGGACCAUUGAGGAAGGCCAGUGCAGGGCCAGGUGCUCUGUGGGGGGGCUGGGAGUGGAGGGUCUGAGCAGCAAGAAGAGGCAUUCAGCUGCAAGGGCAGGGAGGGCCACAGGGUGGAGGAAGAGCCUAAUUGUCCCCCUGAGUGCAGGUUCCUCUGAGGAGGAUGAAGUGAUCUUCAGCACUCAGAGGAAGACCUCAGAGUCCAGAGGCAGCUACCCAAAGGAAGGUGGCACUAAGAGGAGUGCCAUCUCUAAAGGCACUGCAAAUAAUGGGAUUAGCAACAACAGCCGGAGUGCCCAGAACAGAAGCGGUGAUGCCACCAAGAUAUUCGACAGUGAGGACCUGGACUUGACCCCUAUUAAGACCUCCAGCCAGGAGACUUCCAUCCGGAACAUCAUUGCUGGCCUAGACUCGCAGCCGACUGCUGUGGAUGAUACAUUGCCCCAGGCCCUUCCUGGGGGCUGUGGGGUGGCGGGGAUGAGCUUCCAGAACUUCAGCACGCGCUCCUUCAGGCUGCUCCAGGCCCAGCUCCCAGGGGGGGCAGAAAAGGGGGUGAAGGGUGCAGGUGGAAAGGCUGACGCAGGAGGAAGGCACAUGGACUGGAUGGAGCCAUCGGAGGCGUCGGAGUCUGCAGCGACAGAGCCAGAUGUGACUGUCAUUCUGCGAGGUGUCAUUGCAUACGUAGAGGUGCGGAUGGGCAGUGACAACAGGUCACAGGUCAUCAAGGAGCAGCUGAAGGUCCUAGGGGCAGAAGUGAGAGACAGGUUGAGCCCAGACACCACCCAUAUAAUUUUUAAGGAUGGAUCCAAGGCAACUUUCAACCGGGCCCAGAAACGUGGACUGCAUCUCGUUUCCUCGCUGUGGCUUGAGGCAUGCAGGGAAAAGCUGCAACGCGUGCCGGAAGCCCUCUACCCCAGUUGCUCCAUCGACACCUACAAAACGCCAUUCUUCUUGGCCAAGAAACUCCGGGUCAGUCCGUGAAGCAUAUGGUUGUUAGUUGGAGAGGGUUUGCUGUAAGGAGUGGGAAAGGGGACUGUUCGUGAUGUAUGUAUGUACUCAUAUUAACCCUUUGCCGACGGGUGGCAUGUACGCACAUGCCAUGGCAUGACGGGACUAUCUGCC